UCAUUAAUGACGUUGCAUUCAUAACCUUGACUCAGUCAUCAAUCCACAUAGAUACUGCAGUCAAGACAUCAGAAGAAUAACUGGAAGGGCAACUAUGAAGAAACUAGAUAAGACCCUCAAGAGGACAAUGAAGUAAAGCAACCCAUUUGAAAUGUGGUGCUGGAGGAGAGUUCUAACCCUCACCGUAAGCCUGUCAAAAAGACAAAUAGAUGAGCCUGAGAGCAAAUCAAGUUGGAACUCUUUAUUACAGGCCAAAAUGACUAAUCCAAACCUACUUCAUUUUGGAUAUACAAAAAACCCUGGAGAAGACAAUAAUACUUGGUAAAGCUGAAGAUUUCUCAAAGAAGAUGAAUUUGGCUGAGAUUUGUGAUAAUGCUAAAAAAGGAAGAGAAUACGCACUGCUUGGGAAUUAUGACUCUUCAAUGGUUUAUUACCAGGGUGUCAUACAGCAAAUUCAACGACACUGUCAGUCAAUCAGAGACCCAGCACUAAGGAGCAAAUGGCAACAGGUUCGUCAAGAAUUGCUGGAAGAAUAUGAGCAAGUAAAAAGCAUUGUCAACACUUUAGAGAGUUUUAAAAUAGACAGACCUACAGAUAUUCCUGUGUCUUAUCAAGAUGACCAUUUUAGGGAUCCAGCUGUUUGGCCACCGCCUGUUCCAGCUGAGCACAGAGCUCCACCCCAGAUAAAACGCCCCAAUCGAGAGGUGAAGCCCCUGAGGAGAGAAUCACCAGGAUUGCAGCGAGGACCUGUGGGCAGAGCUCAACCAAUAUCAAAAAAUGAAAAACCGGCCAGCAGUCGAGAGAGGGAAUCUAAAGGAAAAGGAAAAGAUGAAAAGGGAAAGAAGAUCCCUCAGGAUGGUGCUGGUGAUAGUGAAAUUCAAAAAUUUGAUGGAGCAGGAUAUGACAAAGAUCUGGUUGAGGCACUUGAAAGAGACAUCGUGUCCAGAAAUCUAAGUAUUCACUGGGAUGACAUAGCUGAUUUGGAAGAAGCCAAAAAAUUAUUAAGGGAAGCAGUUGUCCUUCCGAUGUGGAUGCCGGAUUUUUUCAAAGGGAUCAGGCGACCUUGGAAGGGAGUGCUGAUGGUUGGUCCUCCUGGCACCGGGAAAACCAUGUUAGCGAAGGCUGUUGCUACAGAAUGUGGAACAACUUUCUUUAAUGUAUCUUCGUCCACCCUGACGUCAAAAUACCGAGGCGAGUCUGAAAAAUUAGUCCGCUUGUUGUUUGAGAUGGCUAGAUUUUAUGCACCUACAACCAUUUUUAUUGAUGAAAUCGACUCUAUCUGUAGUCGCAGAGGCACUUCGGACGAACAUGAAGCAAGCCGUAGAGUCAAGUCUGAGCUGCUUGUUCAGAUGGAUGGAGUAGGAGGUGCUCUUGAGAAUGAUGACCCUUCAAGGAUGGUGAUGGUGUUAGCUGCUACAAAUUUUCCCUGGGACAUUGAUGAAGCUUUGAGACGGAGACUAGAGAAGAGGAUUUAUAUCCCAUUGCCAACAGCAAAAGGCAGAGCAGAGCUUCUUAAGAUAAAUCUUCGGGAAGUAGAACUGGAUCCAGACAUCAGCCUGGAAGAAAUUGCUGAGAAAAUUGAAGGCUACUCUGGUGCUGAUAUCACUAAUGUUUGCAGGGAUGCCUCUUUGAUGGCCAUGAGGCGGCGCAUUAAUGGCUUAUCCCCAGAAGAGAUCCGUGCGCUAUCUAAAGAAGAGCUGCUGAUGCCUGUUACCAAGGGAGACUUUGACCUGGCUCUGAAGAAAAUCUCCAAGUCUGUGUCAGCUGCAGACCUGGAGAAAUAUGAGAAGUGGAUGUCAGAAUUCGGAUCUGCUUAACCUCUGAGACAUCUCUUUACAAGAGAUUUUAGCAUUUCAAUUACAAAACAUUGUAAAGACUUAGAAAACUUUUAAGGCUUGAGUUUUUUUCCUAUGGACAACAUCCCCUCCCCUCUAUUUUGUUGCACUUUAAAAGGGAACAAAAAGAAAUGUUAACACAGUGAGUCUGUAAUAUUUUUUAGACAAAUGUUAAAACAGUUAACAUAGAAAGUUGAGUUGCACUUGUGAAUGGCAGUGUCCUGAUUUUCAUAUGAAUGUGUGUUUUUUCAAGGCUUUUGCCUGGCAAUCGGUUAUAAUCUUUUACGAGGAAUAUUUAACAGAAAUUAUAGCCUAAGUGUUGGGCCACAUUGUUGGCUAUUUAAAUAAGGUCCCAGCCUUCUUGAAGGUAGCACUGAAUCUUUUAUUCUUUGCUUUUGCUUUUCUCCCUCAUUUGAAGAGGUUAUCGGUAUAAACCAAUGAAAAUGCUAAAAGUCACUUUUCACCCAUCUUGCUGUUAUGGUUAUACUGGGAUUUGCUGUGAUUCUGCUAAUCAUGUGAUAGGGAGGCUCAUGGUUCCAAACAUGUCGUGUGUACUUGUGGCUCAUCACAGGGAGUUUGGGGGAGCAUUUUUUGUUCCUCAAUGUGAAUACUUUUUUCUUCUGUGCUUUUUACAGCAUCAGUGUAAAGACAACAUACUGAGUAUGAAGUGUAAAGCAGGCCAUAAAGGGAGAUCCUAUUCCACCAUGUUCAUGAGACUGGGAAUCUCAAAUCCCAAGUUUUGGCUCUUGUUUCUGUUUUCACCUCUUAUAAAUCUGCUAUUUACUCUCUAUACUGUAAGUAAGGUAUAUACUGAAAUAUAAUGGCCAAACAAGGGACAGAUGUUGCAGCACUUUAAUUUCCAAGCGCUCCUAAGACCGACUGAUUUACAUCUUGCACUGUUUCAUCCAAAUGUCCAUGUUUUUAGACUACUGGGAUUUGGAAAUCUUUAACUUUCCAGAUGCUUUGGACUUCAGUUCCCAGAAGUCACGCCCAUUACGACUAGAAGUAAGGGAUAAUGGGAGUUGUGCUUAAAACCCUUGGAAGAUAGAAAGGUUCCACGUCCAUUUUAAACGAACUCUUUUCUAAUUUAUGUUUUAUAAAAAUUUGUUGCAAUAUAGGACAUGGAAGUGGAUUCUUGAGAAAUCAACUUGCAGAGCUGUCCGUCCUUGAAAUCCAGGAAUACUCUUACCACGCUUCUUAUAUUUCUGGUGUAUUUUAAACAUGCCACCCUCCCUUUUAAAGCAGUUGCUUCAAAUAUGAAAUAAUGAUGCUAAUUUUUGUAGGCCUUUCCACUGACAAUGACUUAGGCCUGUUCAGCUAAUGUGCAUAGUUCGCUUUCCAAAAUAGAUCCUCUGUGUCUUCAGGUAUGAUGGGAUUAGUUCUCCAAGUUAUUUGUGUAUUCACAUUGGAGAAGGAUGUAAAAUCAGAAAACCCUGAUUUUGAAUUUGUUCUCAAAUAUUUACAAUCUUUGCACUUGAACUAAAUAUGCCUGAUGUUACAUUACACUGCACUUUGACAGGUAAUUAUAUAAAAUGAUUAAUAAGUAUUCCUAAGCCAUAUUUUCAUUUGUUUGGCUAGUUGCUUUAAAAUACUUUUUUUCCUUAGAAAAGUUAUCCUUUCAGACAUUCUUAGGGAGAAGACUUUUUCAAAUAACAAGCAUGCCUGUCUUCCAUUUCUGAUAUGGCAAACUGCAUGGAGAGUGUAAUGACCCAUUUAACUAAUCUUUACCAUUCUUGCUAAAUUGCAUAGAGACAAAAGCAGGCAAAGUGUAGCCAGUAUGAUAUGUGUGGCUCUCAAUAUCUUUUUUUGUGUCCCCACAACCUUUAUUGAAGCUUGCUACCAGGAACAGAAAUUUGGCAAAUGCUUUAAUUUCCAUCCCUAGAAGCAUCCAGGUGGGGCGGUUUUGAAAUAAAACAAGGUACAUGGCCCAAUCCUCACCAAGGACAGUAGAUGUGGCUUUUCAGCCCUUUCAAUAUUUGAUUAUUUAUUAUUUCUUCACAUAACAUACCCAGUUUUCCAGUUGGGUUUGUUAGGGAAUAGUGUUUACUGGAUCACGUGUAUGUGGUGGAAAAAUGGCCUCCCAACUCUGCAAUGUUUUCCUCCAUAAUAUAGGUCAAGACCUAGAAUAAUCUGGUGGGAAAACUCCAAAAUGUGAGUGAUUAGCUGGUCUUGAACUUACGUUCCACAGUGCUAAAUCUGUUACAUGGGGCAAUCUUCUUUUUUGGCAGGGGAUUAGUUUAAUUUCACCCCAAAUUGCCAAGUUGGUGUGGCUCAUUCAGCAUUUGCAUUACAAGGGCUUCAUGUCUUUUCAUAACCAACUCAUUUCUUGUCAUAACCAACGUCAUGUUUGCUGGCUAGGAGAUUUGGUUUGUUAGAAGAGUGACACCAGUACUUACGUGACCAAAUCCCAAAUAUGGCCAGAUAUUUAGGUUGUGUUUGCAGCACUUGUUUUAAGACUCUUUAACAAAUUAUUGUUUUAUAUAGAAGGUAUCAUACGUUAAUACUGUGAAUGACAGAUUGUGUUUGUGUCCAAGAAAAGGCAGCUCUAUUGUUCAUAGAAGGAAUCAUAAUAAAUAUCUUAACGACAA